AAUGCACGAGCACGACAGCUUAGCUAGAAAUCAUUUAAUCGGGCUGUGCUUAUCAUCGUUGUCCACUUCCUAGUGCCCAACUCUACAAUGUCCAACAAGCUGGGAGGCAAAGUAGCCAUUAUCACCGGCGGAGCAAGCGGCAUCGGAGAAGCCACCGCCCGUUGUUUCGCCGUCCACGGUGUUCGUAUGAUAGUGAUCGCCGACAUCCAAGAUGAGUUAGGCCAAAAAGUAGUGGAAUCGAUCGGUUCCCAUAAGUGCUCAUACAUGCACUGUGAUGUUACCGACGAAGAUCUAGUGAAGAAUUUAGUCCAGACGACCGUCCAAAACCAUGGGCGGCUCGACAUCAUGUUCAGUAACGCUGGGAAUAUGAGCAAGUCGGCUCAGACCAUCCUUGAACUAGACUUUGCCGAGUUCGACCGCAUCUUCGCCAUCAACGCGCGCGGCAUGGCCGCCUGCGUGAAACACGCCGCACGAGCCAUGGUGGAACUGAAAAUAAGAGGAAGCAUCGUUUGUACGACGAGCGUCGCCGCUAGCUCCGGCGGUGAAAGGGACACCGACUACUACAUGUCGAAGCACGCGGUGAUUGGGUUGGUGAGAUCGGCAAGCAAACAACUCGGGGUGCAUGGAAUCAGGGUGAACAGUGUUUCACCGUAUGCCGUGCAAACCCCGUUACUCAAUCGUCACCUCGGGAAAGAGCCGGAGGAGGCGGAGGUGGCGGAGCUGUUCUACGAGCCAUACGCCAGCUUGAAAGGGGUGGUUCUGAAAACGAAGCAUGUUGCUGAUGCAGUGCUGUUUCUUGCGUCACAUGAUUCUGAGUUGAUUACCGGGCAUGACCUGGUUGUGGAUGCUGGUUUUCUUGGCAAGUAGACACCAGGUGUUUGAUUAAUUGCCGCUGUGAGCUGCUACUGCUCAAACAACGGUAGCCACUUGAUGCUUGCUUGUUCUCAAAUAACGACUUGCCUCUCAGUAUCGCAUAUCUUUGUAGUUGCUUAUGUUCACAUUUUUAAAAAAAGUUUUCUUAAUCACUAAGAAUAAGAAUAGUUGAAUCCCUCGUUCAA